AUGAAGCCCGCAGGCAGGAAGAGGGCAGGCAAUCCGUGCAAGCGGUGUCUGGCCACGGCGCAGCCGCAUCGCUGCCAGAUAGCGCCCCCUCGUAAGCGAGGCCGCCCCGUGUGGAAGUUCCAGCCCGACCCGCGCAACCUCACGAGCGUGCCGGCACCAUCUGGCCUGACCUACUCCUCUGAGGCCUUGUACGUGCCCUCCUCCGUUCCGCCGACGGCCCACUGCCUUGUCCCAAUGGCCGCGGGUGCCGGUGAGCAGCUGCCUCAGGCCCCGCCGGCGCCCCUCCUUCCUACCCCGCAACACCUGCCUACGCCCUCGCUCGUGCCCGCAGUCGCAGCAGGAGCGUCAACGCCAGCGCUACCCUCUUCGCUGGCCUCCCCGUUCGAUCAGCCCCAACCACCGCCCACGCCCAGUUCGAGCCUGGUGGAGGACAAGGUGCGGACGGUGGAGUCGGUGGUGGGCCUGCUGAUCGAGGAGCUCCGGAGCGUGAAGCGGGACAACGAGCUGCUGCGGGACGAGAUCACCUCCGUGCGGUCGCAGCACCAGCAGACCGAGGCCCACGUCCUGCGCAUCGCCGAGACCUACCAGAGCGCUCCGGUCCGCGCCCAUUCCUCCAGAGGCGAGUGCGCUUCAUCAUCAUCUUCGUCGUCGUCGUCUGCGGUGUGGGUGCCGCCCUCGUCGCCCACGUUCGGGCACAACACGGGCGCUAACGGUGACCCCAACACGCCGGAAGCGCAGGCGCUGAUCACGCGGCUGGUGCCGUUUGUGGCCAAGUACGACGUCAAGGCGCGCAACGCGCCCUUCGUGCUCGAUGAUCUCAAUAAACCGUGGGCGGCCUUUCGUGUGCACGAACCCAAGACCGUGGCCGAGAUGGUACCGCCGAUCCUCUCCUACGCCAAUCCCGGGUUCUGCGCGCUCCUCCGCUACCGUCUGGACGAGCUGCUGGGGUGCGGUCUGAACAACAUCGUGCGGGUGGACAUGGAGACCAUAUUCACGAUCCUGCCGUCGCUGUUCCCCCAGCGCAAGGCCUUUGCCAUCGGCGACCCCUUCAAGGCGUCGUUCACGUGGAUCACCAAGGACAAGCAGGCCGUCAACGCCCGAACCCGAAACCAAUACUUCUUCAGCAAGGACGGCUACGCCAAGUGGCGUAUCACAGUGGUGGAUGGCCUGGUCGAAGACAGCCCGCGGUUCGUGCCGCUCUCCAUGCCCGAGCUGGGUAUCGUCGUCGUCGUGCUCAACUUCAUCUUCAUCGUCGCCCACGCAAGCGACAUUGGCGGCAACGGCCCCGAGCCGUACCUUCUGCACCACUCGCUACUACUGCCCGAGGACCCGAGUGCCGGCAGCCCGCUUGGGCGCCCGUCCCCGCUGCCGAUCAGUGCGCAACCCAGCCCGAGCAUGGACCUGCUCGAGGAAUGGCUGGGCGUCUGCUACGCGUCCAAUAGCCUGUGA